GGAAUUGGGGCAUUGCAAUCAACUCCCUCGCUCGCUCCCCGAUACCCUAGGCAGACUGUCCUCUCCCAUGGGCCUCAGCACCGCCUCUCACGGCAAUCUCAAAGAUUCUGUUCCGCAAGAGCUGGGCAAUCUGCAGCAGCUCACCCGCCUCUAUUUGUUCGGCAACGAUCUACUGGACUCACUACCAGAGCAGCUCUCCCAGCUGCAGAAGCUGCAGUCUCUGCACGUGUCAAAUCAUGAUUAUCUGUCCGGGGAGCUGCCUGCGUGGAUCUUCAGCCUCACAGACUUGACUUCACUGGCUAUCCAGCGCAACAACUUUUCAGGCUCCAUUCCAGAGGCAAUCAGCAGCCUCAAGCAGCUAAGGAAGUUAGUCCUUGAGGAGAAGGAGCUCUCAGGGUCCAUCCCCGAGGCAAUAGGAGCGCUCACCAACCUGCACAAUCUGAAACUUCAGAGCAACAGCAGUCUCUCAGGCUCCAUUCCAGAGGCAAUCAGCAGCCUCAAGCAGCUAAGGGAUUUAAGCCUCUUUGACAACGGUCUCUCAGGCUCCAUUCCGGACGCAAUCAGCAGCCUGCAGCUGCUGCAGGAGUUGGACCUCCACUGCAACAGGCUGAGUGGCACCAUUCCAGCCUGCAUCACCCACCUCACCGCACUCACCAGCCUGAUGCUCAACGCCAAUCACCUUGCUGGGACGAUACCUGCUGCAAUCACCACACUCACUAAUCUCGAAAUCCUCCACCUUGAGAACAACCAGCUUACGGGAGAGCUGCCCUCCUUCCACCACAUAGCCCGUCUCACUUCGCAAUACGGACUGUCUGCAGACCACAACUACCUCACAUCCACAGCAGACCCUUUCCCUUUCAACGGCACCAGUCUAGACAGCCCUUCAGAAUCUCACAGCUGGUGUCUGUUCUACCACAACUGCCUUGAAAACGACGCAAUCUCCUGCGCCAGUUGGCAGAACCAGAGGUAUGGCAGCGAGUGCCGGGCGUUCUGCGGGGCGCAGCCGCUCACCCCGCCGUGCAGCGGCCAUGGCGUGUGCUCCUUUGUGCGUGACUACUCUUACGACAUGUCUGCCUGUGAGGCUGAGCAUGAGCUGCCGCCACCCUACUGUGCACGUGAACCUGAGGGCCAGUGCGACUGUGAUGAGGGGUACACGCCAGGGACUGCUGCUGGCACGUGCGUCCCUCAUGGCAUUGCAGCCGUGGGGGUGACUCUGUCUGCUCUCCAGGCGCCCCAAAACCUGCUGCUGCUGAUGCUGCUUCCACUGGCGGUGCUGCUGCUGCUGGCCUUCAAACUGCCGCAGUUGCUGAGGCGCCUCAAGAAUCGACCUCCCACACGCUACUUCUUUUCAAAGAGAGCCCUUGCUGCCCGACAAGCUGCCAUGGGUGUGGAGAUCAAUUGCUAG